GUGCCAGGUGAGUGGGGCGCUCUCGCGGGCAGCCCAACGCCGGGGCAGGCCGGGUAGUGCCCGAUCCCGCGGGGCGCGCGCUGCUGCUUUAGGCACCCGGCCUCGGGUACGGGUCUGGGAGACCUGUCGGUCGGCGAGAAGCCUCGGUGGCCGGCGCUGUGGUUGCGGGACCUGGGACGCGCGCCCAGACGUCCCACCUUCCCGGAGACCGGGGCAGGGUGGGUGCGGCCCGGGUCUAGGGGUAGGGUCGCAGAAGCUUUGGGCACAGAGAGUCGCACACGUGGCCUGCUAAUGGUCGCGACACCAGUGAAGAGCGCACGGAAAGUUUGGAGGCUUAGCAAGGAGGGUGGUGCUGGCCUCCGCCGGGUGGUGGCAGAACUGCCUGUGCAAGCACGGCCUCCACGUGGGCUGCGCCGCCGGGCGUCAGGUCGGGCCUAAGAGACACGCUCUACAGCUGUGAAAUCUGAAGUUCAGGAAGGAUAGACUGGGAGGAAGAGGAUCUGAUUUCCCCACUCGUUAGCUGUAAAUCUGGUGCCUCGGGUUUCAUGUCACUGGGCUCAUCUUUGUGCGGAGGAACCUGAUUUACUCAGCUGCUUCUGCUGGUACUGGUUUUUGCCUCCUGGACAUCAAGCUUUGUAACCUCAUGGUCACCAAAAUACACUGAGACAAAAGAUGAAAAUGUGAAAAAUUCAGCAAACAUUUCUUGAGGACCUCCUAUGUACCACGCCGUGCUUGUUUCCGGGGAUAUACAAAUCCUUUCCUUCAAGAGCUUCCUCACGUCUUCAUGUCCUUGAAUAUUCUAGAAAAGGAGGUUUGCAUUUCGUUACUGCUUUGUCUCGAAGACAGAACGAUGCCAAAGAAAGCAAAGCCUGCAGGGAGUGGGAAGGAAGAGGGGCCGGUUCCCUGCAAGCAGAUGAAGGUAGAAGCAGCUGGGGGGCCUUCAGCUUUAAACUUUGACAGUCCCAGUAGUCUCUUUGAAAGUUUAAUCUCGCCCAUCAAGACAGAGACUUUUUUCAAGGAGUUCUGGGAGCAGAAGCCCCUUCUCAUUCAGAGAGAUGACCCGGCACUGGCCACAUACUAUGGGUCCCUGUUCAAGCUAACAGAUCUGAAGGGUCUGUGCAGCCGGGGGAUGUACUAUGGAAGAGAUGUGAAUGUCUGCCGGUGUGUCAAUGGGAAGAAGAAGGUUUUAAAUAAAGAUGGCAAAGCACACUUUCUUCAGCUGAGAAAAGAUUUCGAUCAGAAAAGGGCGACGAUUCAGUUUCACCAACCUCAGAGAUUUAAGGGUGAGCUUUGGAGGAUCCAGGAGAAGCUGGAAUGUUACUUUGGCUCCUUGGUUGGCUCGAAUGUGUACAUAACUCCCGCAGGAUCUCAGGGCCUGCCGCCCCAUUAUGAUGAUGUCGAGGUUUUCAUCCUGCAGCUGGAGGGAGAGAAACACUGGCGCCUCUACCACCCCACUGUGCCCCUGGCACGAGAGUACAGCGUGGAGGCCGAGGAACGGAUCGGCAGGCCGGUGCAUGAGUUUCUGCUGAAGCCGGGUGAUUUGUUGUACUUUCCCAGAGGAACCAUUCAUCAAGUGGACACUCCUGCGGGGCUGGCCCACUCGACUCACGUGACCAUCAGCACCUACCAGAACAAUUCAUGGGGAGAUUUCCUUUUGGAUACCAUCUCGGGGCUUGUAUUUGAUACUGCAAAGGAAGACGUGGAGUUACGGGCCGGCAUACCCCGGCAGCUGCUCCUGCAGGUGGAAUCCACAACUGUUGCAACAAGACGAUUAAGUGGCUUCCUGAGGACACUUGCGGACCGGCUGGAGGGCACCAAAGAACUGCUUUCCUCAGACAUGAAGAAGGAUUUUAUUAUGCACAGACUCCCCCCUUACUCUGCGGGAGAUGGGACAGAGCUGUCAACACCAGGUGGAAAGUUACCGAGGUUGGACAGUGUAGUGAGACUGCAGUUUAAAGACCACAUUGUCCUCACAGUACUGCCAGAUCAGGAUCAAUCUGAUGAAGCUCAAGAAAAGAUGGUGUAUGUCUAUCAUUCCUUAAAGAACAGGAGAGAGACACACAUGAUGGGAAAUGAGGAGGAAACAGAGUCUCAUGGACUUCGCUUUCCUUUGUCACAUUUGGAUGCACUGAAGCAAAUUUGGAACAGUCCAGCUAUUUCUGUCAAGGACCUGAAACUUACUACAGAUGAGGAAAAGGAAAGCCUGGUAUUAUCCCUCUGGACAGAAUGUUUAAUUCAAGUAGUCUAGUGCCUUUGCAGAAUCAAAUGCCUACUAUUUUAUAUGCACAUAUUAAAAGAAAAGCAGCAAAGAAAGACUUGAGCCAAGGAGCGGAUGAAAUCAAGUUUCCUUACCUGCAUAUCUACUAACAUGAGACCUCCCUGUUACAGGUGGUCAGUUGGCCAGAUGUACUAACGGGCACAUGAAAGAAAGAACAGCAAAUUACCAAGUGUCUCAGAAAAUGACAAAACCAUAUUUUGACAAGUUUAUUUAAUCCAGUGUGGUAGAAAAGGCACAAUUCCAAUGUAUCAUUUAGAAUUGAAUGUCAUUGACCUGGCUUUAUUCCUUGGAAGAAACAACUUCUUUAAAGAGCUUCUUUGGCUCUAGAAAAAUUUCAAACAAUUAAAAUAAGAAAAAAUUGGUUUUUUACAGUGAAAAUAUACAUACCUUUGUGUGUAGACAAGCCCAUGCCCAUUAAAAUAAAGUUAUCCUGUAACAUAAAUUUUAUUAAUUAAAUAAUACUGCCCCACAGAUGAGAGGCACGCAACACCUAUGGACAAAAGGGAGUUACAGAGGCUGCUUAAAAGAUGGAGAAAAGCCUGAGAUUGAAGGAGGAAAAAACCCAGUAUUUAAAGUCUAUAAAAAAUACUCAAAAUAGUGGGCCUUCGAGUUUAAAACAGUCAUUGUUAUUUUACAUUCUAAAGUGCAUAUAGGUUGAUAUUUUUUUAAAUAUCAUUGGAGAAUUUAAUCUUUAUAAAAAUAGAGCAUUUUUUCUGCUUUCUGGCAAAAGUUGGGGAUAAAAGGAAAAGUUGUCUUAAUGUAAGUUUGACUCCAAUUCAGCAGGAAAAAAGGCUUGUGAAUUGUGCAGUAAAAGGUGGUAAUGACUACUGGAAGCUAAGUCAAAGGUGAUUUCCUACCUGAUUUUACUUAAAUAAAAGUUACUUACAAUGGGAGUGAAAAA